AUGACUCAAGAGUAUUUGAAUAAUCCCGACGAAGAUAUUGUUUACGAAAUACCUGACGACGAUCAAAUUAUUUCAGACCUUGUUGAAACAUUUGGAGAAAGAUCUAGUGAAAUGGAAGGUAAUCCCGAAGAAGUAGACGAUAGCGUUGAAAAAGAAAUCAUAAGUCCGAAUGAUGCUUUGAAAAGCCUAGAAAAUAUACGCACUUUCUUGUUUCAGCAAGAAAGUGCAAGCGAAUGUAUAAAACUAGUUAGUGUUAUUGAAAAAUUUAUCAAUGUAAAAAAAAAAGAUUCGAUGAAGCAAUCCACGAUCAGUCGAUAUUUUAAUGAAGUAUCACAAUCAACAGAUCAAGAUGAUUGGAUGUAA